AUGACCGAUGCAUCAGCGCGACCGAUUCGAGCGCAUUUCGUCGUGAAUGCGGCUGGACCUUGGGCUGGCAAAAUUGCUGAAAUGGCUGGAAUUGGCAAAGGGAAAGGCCUUCUGGCUGUACCGCUUCCAAUUGAAGCCCGUAAGCGAAUGCUAUUCGUGGUGCAUGCACCUGACGUACCACCGAUCGAUAUGCCAGCUUUGGUGGAUCCGAGUGGUGUGUAUUGUUUGCAGGAGGAUGCUGGAAAUACGUUCAUUUGUGGCAAAAUCCCGUCGAAGGUCUGGCAAUAUUUCUUGAUG